GGGAACAAAAUGACUCCUUCAAAGGAGACUGAGAAGAUAGUUGGUUAUGCUUGAGCAGGAUGAAGUCAGAGGAAACUCUAAUGGAGGUCUAUUUUAAUUCUAAUAUGCAAAUCAAUCAUCCAACCUAGACAUAGUAUUAUUAAAACUAAUUAAAUCAUAUGCUCUCAACUCCCUACUGAGUUUCCAGGGUGCCAGGCUAUGGGCCAAGACCUUCUGAUAGGUGAUAAGAGGAAAUAGGAAACUAUGGGGAAGUUACAGGCAUGCAGAUUUAUCUGGUAAAGAAAACGAUUGGCAGCAUUUGUGAUCUAAAUGACCUAAAUCUCUUUUCAAACUUGAAAUGGGCAUGAAGCCCAGAGUGCUAAUGUGGAGCUAUGAGUGCAAUGAGAGGACCUUUGGGGCUACUUUUGGAAGAAAACAAGCAUAAACACUGCAAUGUCACAAAAACCCACUAUUGGCUACAUCUCUUUUGACCUUUGAGAUAUUGGAGAAAAUAACUCAAAGGAGGUGUAAUCCACAGUACUGAAACCUUCAUGGGCCAAUAGACACAAGGCUCUUAAAUUUAUCAAGAGAUCCCUGGUCUGUAUGGAGAAGCAUAGAUUCCAGGAAGAGGAGGCAAUAGUCCUUCUACUUUACCCUGGUUAGACCACAUCUGAUUUCUGUAUUCAAUUUGAGUUAUCAUUCUUUAAGAAGGUGUUGAGAAGCUGGAGAACAUCUAGAGGAAAGCAACCAUUAUAGUGAAAGACCUAUGGUCCAUGUCAUAUAAAGACUAGCUGAAUAAUAUAAGACUCAUGGGGAUCUAAACUAUGUUAAUGUAUUUUAAGAUGCAUUCCAGCUUUGUGAUCCUCUCCAUAUCUUCCUGGAAAGAUAUGUCACAUUUUCCUUUAGCAGAUGGCUCCAGGCUCAAUGUUUAUUUAAGCAUGAGAAAAUUAUUGUUAAUGUCUCACUUGUGUUCCUCCUUUAUUAAAUCCUUUUUUCUGAAUAUACUACUAUAUUCUCUGUCACUAAUGUGUACUCCCCUAUCACUUUCAACUGCUUUUCAUGAUUGUACAUAUACAUAUCUUUUAAGUGCUUAGCAUACUGGCUGGCACAUAGUAGGCACUUAAUAAAUACUAAUUGAGUGACUGAGUCAGACUUAGAGGUUAGCCAAUGUCUUUGCUAGAACUCACAUACUACAAAAGCAAGAUCUCAGAAUGUUUCUUUGACUUGUAUAAAUAUCAUCCAAUGAAUGCCCACUGCCCAAGAACUAGAAUGCCAUCAGAAACAGAAACUAAGCAUUCCAAGAGACAGUGAUGCAAAUAAACAGAGGGAUAUUUUGCUGCUACCUUACAACCUUUGAAGUGUCCAAGAUUCAAAUUCUUCAUCCAGUCUUGAUGGAGGGCCAUUAUUAUUGAAGAUUCUCCAUCUAUUUGUGAUACUACAAGUGAUAUCAGGUUUUUUUUUAAAUGAAGGGUGGCAAGUGCAUCCCUUUGCCUGGUGCCUUUUCAUUUAUGUUUAAAACACAGGGUAGUUUGUUGGAAACUUCAUAGUUUUAAGAGUCAGCAAACCUGAAUGCCAGUCUCUGUUCUACUAUUACCUGACUUUAGGCAUACCAUAUGCUCUAUGACUCAGGUUCUUCAUCUAAAGAAAUGUUGACAAUUCUAGUUGCUUUCACAAGAAAGUUGUGAAGAUGAAAUUAGAAAAUGAAUAUUAAAUCACUUUGAAAAUAAGAGACAUAAGCUGUAGCAAUAGCAGCUUGGUUUUUUUGAUUGUUGUAUUCUAAAAGAUAUAAACAUCUAGACAUUCUUAACAUGUUGAAUGAUUAACAAAUUUAUUUCACAUAAUCCAUUGGGAGAAAUUUCUGUUGUCAUAUGCUAUUAACAUAUGGGAAGUAGCCUUGAUGACUUCCUAACUUUCCUAUGAUUAGACCUAAAAUUUUAAGCUUAUUAACUCUUAGAUAACAUUAACAAUAGAAAUAACACAUCACAACAAAUGAUUUGCAUGUUUUAUAUGAACAAGGUCAAUUAUAACAUAUCCUGUGCAAAUUCUUAACUUUCUUAAUCAGUAUACAAAUUCUUUAAUUUUUUUACAAUUUAUGUGGGAAAUUUUGAGAUGCUAAAUAAAAAUUAUGUAUUAAAACUUGACAUUUCCAUUUAGGAUUUGUUCAAACUACCCACAUCCUUUAAAAACCAUGGCCAUCAUCAUGGCCAACUCUGAAUCAUCAAUUCUCUCCCCACAAAGGAUAAUUGUGAUUUUGUAAAUCUCACAAUAUCUCCAUUCUUGUGAAAUUUUUAUUUUAUUUUUGUUGUUCAGAAUUGUGAUUUCAUCCAUGUAGGGAACUUUUGUAGUAGAAACUCUCAUUAUUUUAUAAGAUAUUAAAGGCUUGUUACUUAUCCACAGACACAUAUGUAAUAUGAACCAAGCAGGACUUGAACUCAGUCUUUCUUGACUUAGCACUCUACUGAGCUACAAUACCUCUACCUACAUAUCUGUCGACCCACAUAUGACCAAUAAUAUAUUGAUUCCAAGAACUCCUGGCUUCAGGGUGGAGAAAAAUACAAUUAUUUGUUUAACUGACCUGGGAUUCAAUCAGAUGAGUCAAUUUAGGCAAAGCAGAGUAUCUGGUAGCUUUAGUUUUAAUGUCAUGUGCAAGCUACUGUGGCAUAAACAACUGAGUUUGACUUCACUCAGGGAGGGUUCUUGUAUGAGAACUAACUAGUUUCUAAAGAACUAUGCAAAAGAGAGUAUCAUGUAUCCGUCUGGCAAUUAAUAUUCAUAACCUGAAAAUUUUUUACAUGAAACAGAUUCAUGCCACAGAACCAGGAACAAAAUGAAGACUUGGGGAAGUUAAGAAAAUGUGUUGAGUGGUUUAUUCAUGUCAGCAAUGUAAUAUUCUAGGAAAAUGUACUGCCAGCUUAAGCAAACUACAUUAAACUUCCUAUCUUUCAUCCUGUAAGGGGAAAAAAGCCUAUUCAGAUCAGAAACAUUAGACUGCAUGGGGGAGAGCAACUAUAAAAAAGCAAGCUGGUGCUGAAAACCCUGCCUCUGAAGCACACUAAAAUUGUCUCCUGCCUUCCUUGCAGGGGACAGGAAAGAGGAGUUCAAAAAUUCAUAAUUCUCAAGUUGGAACGGAGCUUAGAUAUUAUUUAAUCCAAUCAUUCAUUCACUUUACAGAUGAGAGAACUGAGGCCCAGAGUGCCAAGUUGACUCACCCAAAGCUACACAGUUAAGAGAUGUAGUUUGUAAAACUAGUUUCUGUCCCUCACUGAUUUCCAAUCCAGUUUGCACAGGUGGCCUUUGUGACCUGGCGUUUACAGCUUCAGUGGAGUAGCUUCCUGAAAGUCAAACUGUACCUCAAUCCUACCAGAAGUCUCCAGCCCAAGAUGAGAGGGAAGGGGGGAGGGGUGCUGGACGCAUUACUUAGAAAAGUUUAUUAUAUAAACCUCCUCUACCUGCAGAUCCUAGAUCCUAAGUCAGGCGGCGGGGAGCCCAUUCAGAACCUCGGACAGAUCCUGGAAUGGCUUGAGAAAAUCACUAGUGAACCUUUUAACCAAAGCUUGGGGAUUUCAUGAUUUGUGGGAGAAAAAAGGGGGUUGGAGGAAUGGGCAAGAGGUAAAGAGGACGGUGCUAUUUGGCCGAUGAUGUUUGCUGUAGGGCUUCAUUUCUAGCGUGACAAAACUAGGGCCGGCUGGGUUUGCAAGCAUUCUUUUUUGCAGAGCUGCGAUGUUGAUGUCGUAGGGAGAAAGAGCUGGAGCUGUGAAAACAGGUACCAGCCUUUAUUUCACUCUGACUCCCCUCUCUCCUCCCACCCCUACCCCUACUGAGCCAAAGAGACGCUGCUGUUGCGAUAGCAGAAAACGGAGACCUCGGAUCUCUGGAAGAUAACCACUAAGCCCAGGGAUGCCUCUCUGACUCUCCCCUCAACAUAGGACACCUUCUUCCAGCUAGUUUAACCGGGCAGCCAAGGGAUUAAUGAGGCUGAAGCUGAGCCAGGAGCAGCAGCGGUCUGCAGCAGGGGACAGCGCUGGACACAGGGCUCUGGGUUUCCUGAUCCUAGCCCCCUCUGACAGUCUCUAAGGGUUUCAGAAUUGGCAGUCGGGGAGGUUUCGCUUUCCCACACCUAGGGGUUUCUUAGAAGUGGUUUGUAUCCCCACCUCUUCCUUUCACCUCAACGUCUUCCCUGGCAGGUCACUGGGAUUUAAUUCACCAACGCUCGGCAGAAGCUACGCUGCUGAUCUGAGGCUGGCACAGCUGGAUCAGCCGCCUCCGGGUUCACUCUGAUCCCACAGCCUAGAUCACCCUCCCAAACUUCCUGAGAGGAAAAAAAAAACACCAGAAUGGACUGGCCUUUGAACUUCACAGACGCCUUCCUCACUCUUCCCUCCCCCUUCCCGACCAAUGGGAGCAGCAGCCCUGAGAACCUUAGCCCCCAUCUGCCCCCACUCUCCAUCUUUGGCGUGUUAGUCCUCACCCUGCUAGGUUUACUGGCCGUGGCGACCUUCACGUGGAACUUGUUGGUCCUGGCCACCAUUCUCCGCGUGCGUACCUUCCAUCGGGUGCCCCACAACCUGGUAGCCUCCAUGGCCAUCUCUGACGUGCUGGUGGCAGCCCUGGUCAUGCCCCUGAGUUUGGUGCACGAACUGUCCGGCCGGCGCUGGAAGCUGGGACGGCGGCUGUGUCAGCUGUGGAUCUCCUGCGACGUGUUGUGCUGCACUGCGAGCAUCUGGAACGUGACGGCCAUCGCCCUGGACCGAUACUGGUCUCUGAGCCGUCAUCUAGAGUACACCCUCCGGAUUCGCAAGCGCAUCUCCAAUGUCAUGAUCACCUUGACCUGGCUGCUGUCUGCAGUCAUCUCGCUGGCCCCUCUCCUCUUCGGCUGGGGGGAGACCUACUGGGCCGACGAUGAAGAAUGUCAGGUGAGCAGGGAGCCAUCCUAUACCGUCUUCUCCACUGUGGGCGCCUUCUACCUUCCCCUCUGCGUGGUGCUCUUUGUUUACUGGAAGAUCUACAAAGCUGCCAAGUUCCGCAUAGGCUCCAAGAAGCCCAACAGCGUCACACCCGUGCCUGAAGUUGUGGAGGUAGUGAAAAUCACAGCCAAGAUUUCAACUUUCUACUUUGUCAAAAAAUUCUGGAAUCUACUGGGCCAGAGAAUGGAGAAAGAUGGUGGCAUAAUAUUUCAUAGGACUGAGAUGAAGAAAACUGUUCUGCACAGCAUAAAACACUAUCUAAAUGUAAAUGAGGCCCUUCAUCGACCUCAGAUGGCAUUUACUGUUCGUCAUGCCAUGGUGACCUUCCAGACUGAUGGGGAUACAUGGAGGGAAAAGAAAGAGAAAAAAGCAGCUAUCAUGGUGGGCAUCCUUAUUGGGGUGUUUGUGCUUUGCUGGAUCCCAUUUUUCAUCACUGAGCUCAUCAGUCCUUUCAGCUCCUACAACAUCCCUCCCAUCUGGAAGAGCAUUUUCUUGUGGCUUGGCUAUUCCAAUUCCUUUUUUAAUCCUCUAAUCUAUACAGCUUUCAAUAAGAACUAUAACAGUGCCUUUAAGACCUUUUUUUCUAGGCAGCGCUGAGGAAUAAAUGGGAAGAGAGGCUGACAUGGAACUUCUGAUUCUUCUUCCUCCUCCUACUCCUCUUAGUCACACUGAGGACCUCUGAUCCUUAGAGAUCAAGAUUGUCCUGGGUUUCCAAUAAAUCUGGGAGAUCUUUGCCUCAUGAAGCUCUGACCUACUAUAAAUCCUCAAUGGUUGUGGAAACUUGGAAGCCCUCUCCCAUAUGCAAGGAAGCAUGGACUUUCUAUGAAGUACCCUUUCCUGUCUGAGACACAUCCCAAAAUGAGAAUGAAUGAGCAAGUGAAAAUGGCAUACUGGGAUAGUUGAGGAUACUGAUUUGUAUAUAUCUAUUUAUAAAGUUUUUCAUUAGGUACUUUUCUUUGGGAAAAAGAGAAGCCCAUUAUUCUUAGAAAUAGAGGUGGCACUUCAAAGUAAUCAGCUUAGGUGGAAGUCACUAAAUUUAUAGGUUUAACUAUUAUAUGAAGACUGCCAGUUCUGUAUAUUUACAGAUAAGACCUAAGUUUCAUAGAAACAGAAACAAGAUGAAUCAGAUAUUGCCUUUGAUUUUGAAGGAACUAAUGCUUUGUUUUGUUUUGUUUUUAUUGUGAAGGAGAAUCUUUGUCAAUGUCUGUUAGUGAACUUUUCUUGAAUUUCUGUGGGUAUUUAAAUGCAAUGCCUUGUAUAUUGAGUAAUUUCUUCUUUUAGCCAUAAAUCUUGUUGAACUUGGGCUUCUUUCCUACUCUCUGUUAAACAGAAAAGGUGUUAGAUACGAUUUCUAAGACUUUGGUGUUGAAAUGGAAGUCAAAAGGUAAACUUUUACAGGUCAGCCAUGUGAAUGACCCAUGAUAAAGGCUUUAGCUUUGUCUGAGA